GAGAGAGAGAGAGAGAGAGAGAGAGAGAGAGAGAGAGAGAGAGAGAGAGUCGACUCAGCUGAGCUCACAGGGAGGAAGAGAUUUGGAGAAAGCUUCUUAACCUAUUUCAGAGGGGUACCAGACGUGAUUUUGGUUGGUUAGACUCGCAUAGGCAGGAGUCUCGCGCCCGACUGAUAUCGAUUUGGUAUUUUUGCGCGGGAUGUGAGGAAUAUUCCAGCAUCGCUGCUGUGAGGAUGGCAGGACGGAGCGGUGGCCUUUCGGAUCGCAGCUCAAAUGCCGCUUUGUUCGCCGUCCAGACGUGGAUUGAUAUUUCAUUCAUGUGCAUCUGAAUUCAGUCCGUAUAAAGACCAGGAGCGCAGCUCUUCAGCACCGCACGCAGCACCGCGCCGAGUCCACGGUCUGGAGUUGUUUCUGAGAUGAAUCCUCCUCGGCUCUCGGCGGUGUUGGUGCUCACGCUGGCCCAGCUGUGCUCGUCUUCUGUCGGUUGUCCUUCUGGAUGCCGCUGCUAUAGCUUGACCGUCGAAUGUGGAUCCAUCGGGCUCAAAGAGAUCCCGCAAGGCAUCGCGCACGGGACACAGACCAUCUUUCUGCAGGACAAUGCCAUCGGACAGAUCCGUCAGCGGGAUCUAUCUGACCUCGGCCAGCUGCACUACCUCUACCUGCAGAACAACAGCAUCUCCACGCUGGAGCCCGGGGCCUUCAGGAACCUGGGCCUGCUUCUGGAGCUGGCGCUCAACGGAAACCGCAUCCACCUGAUCACAGCGGACGUGUUUCAGGGCCUGGACCACCUGCGCAUCCUGUACCUCGCAGGAAACCAGAUCACCAGACUCGAGGACUACACCUUCCGCGGACUGCAGCGGUUGCAGGAGCUGCAUCUGCAGGAGAAUGCGGUGGAGGUGCUGGGAGAUCAAGCUCUGGUGGGUCUGUCCUCUCUGGCUCUUCUGGACCUGAGCAGAAACAACCUGAGAACCCUGAGUCCCGCUUCACUCAAACCCCUCGUCAGCCUGCAGGUGCUGAGGGUCACAGAUAACCCGUGGCGCUGCGACUGCGCUCUGUACUGGCUGCGUGGCUGGAUAAACGAAGAGGGUCAGAGGCUAUUAAGCUCAGCCGAGCGGCGGAUGUUGUGCGCCGAACCUCCUCGUCUCUCCCAUCUCAGUCUGGUCGAGGUUCCCGCAAACAGUCUCAUUUGCAUCCCGCCCAUAGUGCAGCUGGAGCCCAGCCACCUGACGGUGCGUUUGGGGGAGAGUCUCCGCGUGUCCUGCCAGGCGUCCGGAUACCCACAGCCUCAAGUCACCUGGAGGAAAGCCUCCCACGGAAAAGCCCAGCUGUCUCCCAGAGGCCUGGUGCAGGAGGUCGGGAUGGAUGGAGACUCCAAGACCGGAGGGAGGUUGGUGACGGCCAGGCCUGGCAGUAAAGGAGGGCCGGCGAGUCGCGGGCCGGUCCGAGGGGGAACCGAUGACGGAGGCGACCGGGAAAGCUUCGAUCCCGACACGGGAAGCGGGAUGCUGUUUCUCAGCAACGUCACUGUGGCUCAUGCCGGACGCUACGAAUGCGAGGCCUGGAAUCCCGGCGGAGUGGCUCGGGUGACUUUUCACCUCUCGGUGAACAUGUCUUCGUCGUUGUCCCGCUCGGAAAUCUGGCCUCGAUUGCAUUCCUCGUCUUACUAUCAUCCCUCUUCGGUUGACGUGAGUCAGGAGCCCAUUUACGAGCUCGAAAGCAUGGAUUUCAACGCGCUGGGAACCGCCACCCAGACGGCCAUCGCGGUGGGAAUCUCUCUUUUGGCGUUGACGGCGUUGUUGCUUCUCUGCAUGAUUUACAGUCGCCACCGGCAACGGCAGAAAGAGGAAGGCGGAUACGGCGCCAGCAAAGAGGAAAGCAUCCUCUACGUGAACGACUACUCCGAUGGUCCCACUACAUUCGCUCAACUUGAAGAGUACCGGGACGAACGCCACGAGAUGUACGUGUUAAACCGUGCCAAACCGGUGCUGCCUCCGCCGCCGUCCUGCAACCAACCGGGGUCGACGCUCAAAGCCGGCGAGUGCAUUCUGACCCCGGGCCGGGCCGUGGGGAUCGGACCCCGCCGGGCUCCUGCUGAAGGAGGCGAAGGACCUCCGCUUGAUCCCGAAGGGUUGUUCAUGAACCAGAGCUUGCUGUUUGACACGCAGAUCGCUUAUGAGAUCCACUGCUGAACCGGAUCCCUGGACAGACUUCGAGGUUCUUGCCAUAGGAUGUUAUCCUGCUGAGUUUCCUUUCGUUCUCAGAGCACAAAAGUUUUUUUUUGGUGAAAAGCAUUGAAGGAAUGCCAGAUAUUAAAGCUGUGGUGUGUAGUUUCAGUGCCACCAAAUGUUGAAUCAGUGUUGCAACGCUCUUAAAAGUAAAAGCGAUACCAAAGAAGAACUAUUUUUGGUUGCCCUAAAUGAACCUGUCAGUUUUAUAAAACAUUAAAGUUUUUUGGUGUGAAGGACAUUUUAAUAAUAAUCUAAAGAACUUUUUUUCACUGUAUAGAACCUUUUGAGCAAUGGAAAGGUUAAAGGUUCCUAACUGGCAUCUAUGGUUUCAUUAAGAACCUUUAACAGUCAUGGAACGAUUCCUCAAAAAGUUAUAGCGAAAAAGGUUCUUUAAAGCAUUUAAAUGUUCUUCACACGAAGAGAAAUUUGUUCAUUUAAAGGAGUCAUGUGAUGCCAUUUUAAAGAUCUUUAUUUUGCGUAUUUGGUGCUUUAAUGUAAAAAAAAGCUAUUUUAUUAAUACUGUACACUAUUGUAGCUCCUCUAUGCUCUGCCUCUCUCAAACACGUCAUUUUCGACAAGCACAGUCUGCUCUGAUUGGCCAGCUGACCCAGUUCACAGUGAUUGGCCGAGCACCACAAGCACGUGUCAGAAAUGUAAUGCCUCCCAUAAUUGCGUGUUCAUCUUUAUCAAACUUGAAGCGAUGACGCUCGUACUGUGAUGUGACCCCAUAAUUUUUUAAAUAGCCAGUUUUGUACUCUUCUAGGUUCACAAAACGUCGUCCAUAAAAAUGCGCAAAUUCGAACAUUUUUGGUGGUGUUGUAAGUAAUUUUAAUGAAUCCUAACUGCAUCUACUGUCGAAAGGUCAAAUAAAGAGCGUUUGCUUCGGUACAGAAACACACAGCUUCUCCCGACACGGCUGAAACCAUGCUUUGUUUCUUAGCAUUAACAUUCGGGCAGCAUUACGCAAAUAUUACCACAUCUUGAUGUAGGCAUACGGGGGCAUAUUUUAAUGAGGCGUUUUAGCCCUGUCUGAAUCAGCCUUCUUUUUUAGAUAGAACAAAUCCUUUUGUUCGAGACUUUGAGCUUUGCGGAUCUUAUACGUGCACAAACAGCAACAUACCGCAUUAAAGAGAAGGAAAGAAAGAAAAGAAAAUUGCAUCAUGUGACCCCUUUAAGAACUAAUCACUGAAAGGUUAAUUCUGGGAACACAACGCUGGUUCUUCAGUUGCAUUGCUACAAAAAACACCUUUGGGAAGGUUUAUUUUUUAAGCGUGUAUUUUGUGUGGCUCAAACAAGCAGAGAAAUGUUACAGACGUCGGUGUUUACUCUCUUUGGGGAAAUCAACCUACAAAUGGCUAGUUAUAAUCAUCUCUGGGAUUGCACACAGCAGCUUUCAGGGAAUAGUUCAUCCAAAAAUUGAUGCCAUUUGCAUUGUUUGCAUGAUUGUUUCGUUCCGUAAAAUCACAAAUGGAGAUUUUUUUUUUGAAAGCACUAGGUUGCGUUAUCGGUUAUUUUAAAAAAAACAUAUUUCAUUUUCUAUUCUGCAUAUUUAAAUAGUUCUUAAUCAUGUUCCGCCGAGGAAAAGUAAAAGUAUGGGUUUGGAAAAUUAAGUAAUUUUAUUUUUGUAAUUGGAAUCAUUUUUGAAACAUGUGAAUGCUUUUGACGGAGAAAAAAUAGCAUUUUUUUUCUACAGUGAUAGGGGUGCUAGGGAAAGGAGAGAAAAUACAGCUGUGAAGCAUGAUUGCAAAAAUACAUCAGGGAUAAAAUACAAGUGAGCAUACGGAGAGUGAGAAAAAGGCUUUCCAAGAGGAGUCCAGUGAAAUAAUUCAUAGACUAGCAUUGAACAGUUUGACGUCAGUGAAGACAUUUAUAAUUUUACAAUAGAUUUCCAUUUCAAAUGUUCUAUACUUCAAAGAAACCUGAAAAAGUAUCACGGUUUUCACAAAAAUAUAAAGUUUCAACAUUGAUCAUUUAUCUAAAUAAUGUAUUUUCAACAGAAAAUCAGCAUAUUUGAAUGGUUUCUGUAGAAUCAUGUGGCUGGAGUAACGAUGCUAAAAUCACAGGAAUAAAUUACUUUUUAUAAUACAUUUAAAUAGCUCACAGUUAUUUUAAAUUAUAAUAACAACUCACAAUAUUAUGUCUGUAUUGUUUAUAAAAUAACGAUACAGCCGUGGUGAACACUAUGAGACUUCCUUUAAAUUAUUAUUAUUAAUUUUUAUUUACAUUUUUUGUAGUUGUGAGGGCUAAAAAUUUCAACAACCCAGCGUUCAUCACUCACUACGACCGGCCUGAUCAUUCACCGCAGCCUCCUAUUUGUUUGGACCAAUAAAUGCCUGAAUAUGAAUUUUUGCAUGAACUAUUCCUUCUUUAACAGUGCAGGUUUUUGCCGAAAGCAAAUCUUGUGGAAUAAGAGCUGUUACCUACACCUUUGAAAGAAGAGGUUACGCGAAACUACCAAAAACUGCUAUAUUUUAUCGUGUUACUGUGAGAUGAAGUGAUCCAGGCGGCUGAGGGUUUGACCUCUUGGACAGGGAGCGAGGACAACGGCGAAGGACGUUUGUCGGGACAUCCCUGCGUCCAGGCAGUGUGAAUAGCUCAAUGUCUUUCUUCUCGCAAAUGCUGUAUCCUUUCUUUUCCAACGCAUUCCUGUGUGUAUUAAUGUGUGAACGGCAGGCAGCAGAAGAGAACCAAACCUGCUGUAAACAAAGAACCAAACGCGGGUCGGAGGUUUGUUCACUGCAGCCUGGAUCCAAGUGAAGCAGUCGCAUCUAUUUCCCGUCUGAGGCUCGUUUGCUCUCCUCUUGACCUCCGUUGGAAUAACACUGUGAAUAAACAAACAGGACUCUACAUUCACAGCUAGCUUUUGUAAGUUAUUAGAUAUGCCGGUUUCUUUCAUAUAACAGUAUUGUUUUUGAGAGUGGGUUUGUUUUUUUUUUUUCCUCUUGGCUUUUUUCUUCCCCAGCGUUACACGGACUAUCGAGUAGUGAAGACAUCAGGGUAAACUGUAUAAAAGCAUUCAUUUCAGCUUGUGGGAACAUCUCAAGGUGUUAAGCUUCUGCACUCUAGUUUGUGUAUUUCUGUCAAAUGUCUAUCAAAUAUCAACCUAUUUUAUCCGAAUAAAUUAUGCCUUUAUUUGA